AGCAGGAGUAGAAUUAUAACAACAAGAAAGGCCAAUAUGGCUCUUGUGUUCUUUAGUUUCUUCUUGCUAUUACUUACAGAUCUAGUUCAAGGCCAAUUGCAGGAGGAUGUAACUGUACAGUGUUAUUCAUCUGCUGCUGAUUGUACUAGUAAUACUAAUGGAGUCAGUCUUGCAGCUAUUGACUGCUGUAAUAGAACUGGUGGAGGAUAUAUACGACACUCUUCACUAGCUGCACAGUGUGGUGCAUGUGUUGUUGUUGGUUUUGAUCAAUCACGUGUGCAUAUUGGUCCAAGUGAUACUGGUAGAAGAUACUCAUUUACUGCUGAUGUACUCCUCAGUACUCCUGGGGCUCCUGAUGUUACUUGUCUGGAUUAUGUUAUUUCAAGAGAACCAGCCGUUGAUGUUGCUGACUACUUAAGCUCAGACUUUUGGGGACGAACCAAUGGUUUCCUACCAGAAAGGUUUAGCAUACAAUAUAUAUCAUACGGGAAUGGAGUUGCUCUCCAACCAACUCUUUCAUUUAAUUACACAAUUGCUGCUGAAACUGAUGCAGCUGCUGGUGAUCCACCAAUACCAUCAGGAGUUGUACUUGUAUACAGGCAUCUUAGCAUUACAAUUGAUGAUAUAGACAUGAUUACUGUAGGUCUAAUAGGAUGCACAUGCUUCCUACAAUUAUUAGAAGGUAGUUAUGCCACAGCUGUCAUUAGGCGUCAGUUAAUUACAUAUGAAACUCCUUUUGAAGUCACUGUCUCGCUUGAGAAGUGGACAGGCACAAUGACUGGAGAUGAAGCUGCUGUUGGAGACUUUGAUCUCUUUAACUUUACUGAGCAGCGUAGUGCUGUAUUUCAACCAGCAACAGCAAUUGAUCAACGUUUGGAGCAUGUGACUUUCUUCAUGCCACAGGAUAAUAUUGUAGAGUUACCAGAAUUGUUUAGAUGGAGACUCAGUGUUAAUGAUUCUAGAGUUAAGAUAAAUUCUGAUACUCAAUUAGUAAGACUUGACAAUGAAGAUGUUUUUAGUAUCGGGUUUAGAGACCUACGUGUUACUAUUAGAGAAGGAGAAGUUGCCCAAUUAACUAUAAAGCAGAUAGGAGAUGAGAAAGGUGGUGAAGACAUUGGAGGCUUUCCAGAGAAUCGUUUACAACCAGUUCAAUUAAAACUCAUAUCUGGGAGUGCCUCAAAUGGUAGUGAUUUCUCCUUUAAUCCUGUUAUUCCAAGAUUAACCUACAGGCCCAAUAAUACACUGAAUGAUGCAUUCACUCCUAUCAUUAGUAUUGAUGAUAAUAUCAUUGAGGGAGAUGAAACAAUAAGAGUCAUCAUAUUACCUAGUAGUGAUGGUAUUGUUCAAGUACAGACAGACCGGCAGAAAGCUACCAUCACCAUUAUUGAUGAUGACACUGGUGUGCUGUCAAUAGAGAGAGGAACAUAUGAUGUGGUUGAGAAUGAAGGAACUGUAGAAAUAUGUGCUGUACUAACUGGAGGAGUAUUAUCAACUGAUACAGAAAUAACCAUAAGAGCUAAAGAUAACACUGCACGAUUUAGGAGUGACUAUAGAACUCGUGGAGUUCGUUCAGUAUUACGUUCAUUUACAAACAGGACAUGUGGUAGAUUUAAUAUCAUGAAUGAUCUCAUUAGUGAACCACUGUUUGAGAACUUUACAGUAUUUAUAAGUGGCAUCUUUCCAGAAAAUAGUGCAUUAACAAUAGACCGGACUCCAUCAUUUAUCAGGAUACAAGAUGAUGAUC